AUGGAUCCUGCGUCUUUUCAGUUGGAUACCUCGUCAGAGACGGGUGAAGCUCCGAUGGGAGAGCAUGGUGGGGAUUCUGUGGAUGAGCUUUUUGCUCAGGCGUUGGAUGGUCUGACGUUUGGGGCCAAUGUUACUGAUGCAGCUGGUGGAGGCAAUGGUACAGGCGUUGCCACUUCGGCUACAUUGGAGGACAAUGGGUCUGGUACAGUCUCUGGACCUACAAUAUCAUCUUCUCAGGUGGACGGGAAUGGUGAUACCCUUACGACAGUUGCUCCUGGUACAACAGCUGGUGCAGUGAUUUCCACAGGUUUGGGUGAUGGGCCCUCAACAGUUCCUGAUACAGCGGUUGCACAAUCGGUCAGUGGUCCUGGUCCAUCAGCUAGUGGAAGUGUGCUGCCGGCGCCAGAAGGUAUCAUGGCAGCUACAAGUACAAGCACAGAGGUUUUUCAGCAAAGUACCGGGCCAUCAACAGUUCCUGGUACAGCGGUGGCACAAUCGGUCAGUGGUCCUGGUCCAUCAGCCCAUAUUGGUUUUACCAACGUGCCGUUUCCUGGAGGUCAUUUUGACAGUGGAACAGGCGAGCAACACUUGACUGGGCAGAUGACACACUGGACUCCAAAUAACGCUGCAGUGCAAGGCAACAAUCCUGGACUGGCGUUUAACACCUACGAGCAGAUUCGAGCUUUGGGACAACCGCUACAUCGGCCUGAACCAGCCCCUGCACAAACAGAUUGGAUGGGCCCGAUGAGACAGAUGCUGGGAGAUUUGCUGCAGCCUUUAACUUCGAGGUUGGAUGUGUUGGAGCAGGUCUCAUCCACUGGAACUCGUACCCCGGUCGUGGCGACAGAAGGACCGGAGCGAUACACGAUUGCUACGCCUCCUGGUUUGGGACAGCCUGCAAGUGUGGCCAAUGUUUCUUUGGAUGAAAAGGAUCGUGAGUUGGUAGCGUUGCGAGUUCAAGUACAACAGCUACAGAUGCAAUUGCAACAGGUUCUGGCCAGAGAAGCUGCGAGGGCUGGGGAGACUGCACCCUUGGCGGAAGCAACGCCUCCUCCACCACCGCCACUUCCCAGCAGCCACCAUACACCUGGUGGCACACGUGUUCCUUCGGGGCCUUCGAUGGCUAUACCCAAGGUUCCUGGUGUAACAGCUGGAGAGGAUACAUCGUGGCAGGCCAUGGGACCGGCAGUUUGGGAGGUGGUACCGCCACCGCCACCACUACCUCCGGAGAUGAGGGCUAGACCAAGGGCCUUAAAGUCUGAAGAUUCAGCGGCCUUGAUGCCUUCGGAGGAGACCGCCCGAAGUAUUCAGGAUCUGCCUAAGCUGGAGAUCUCCAAGGGCAACACCGAGGAUGCUGGAAUGAUUCUUGGAGACUGGCUGACGGUGGUCAAACCGAUGAUGGCGGGAAUUUCAGCCACGGCAGCAGAGUGGUGGGACCAGGUUACAGGCACGGCCUACAACUAUUACGAUGAUUGGCUGGCCGCCUCGCCGCUGAAGAGGUUGGAGCUCCGAGACAAGGUGAUGGGGCUGACAGCACUGUUUGAGCACUCCAGGUGGUCACGAACUGAACAACGAGGCGCGGUGCUCAUGUUGGCGGCGUUACCUGCAGAUGUCAAAGAGGAAAUGGUAACCAUCCGAGCGGUGCAAACCAUUCCUAUGCUGUUUCGGCUGCUGACCAAGUAUCAACCGGGAGGAGCAGGGGAGAAGCAGGCUUUGCUACGAACGUUAACUGCUCCAGCGGCGGUGAACACGGCGACGGACGGCAUCGCUGGAAUCAGAAAGUGGUCCCGAGCCCUUACCAGAGCUCAGGAGCUGAAACUGGCACUCCCAGACCCAACACUGCUGGUUAAAGCACUGGACCAGAUUACCGCUGCGGUCAUCACGGGGCAAAGCUUAUUCCGGCUGUCAACUUUUCGGUUGGAAAACAAGAUUGACUAUGCCCCUACCCUGUCAUCUACCAAGUCCUUAGCGCAGAUGUUGUUGGCGGAACUGGAAAUGGUUACUGGCUCUGAGCUUGGAGGACGAAGACCUAAGGUGGCGGCCAUGGAGACAGAGGCAAAAGGAAAGGGCAAGGGCAAAGACAAGGGACAGCGGGAACAUGGGCAAUGCUGGAACUGGAUGACACCUAAGGGGUGUCGAAAGGGUAAUGCCUGCUCCUUUCCGCAUGACAAGGCCAGGAUGGUGGGGAGGUGUUACAACUGUUCUGCAGAAGACCACCAGAAGGCCAACUGCCCUUAUCCUACCACCUCAGCAGACACAGUCGCUGCCAAAGAGACCAACGACAAGGCCACGGAAGCAAAGGGCAGAGGCAAGCACAAGGGAAAGCCCAAGCCCAUCGUGAAGAAGGUGGAGCCGGACGAACCAGCGUCCUCUACAACUUCCUCUUCAUCCUCGACGGCCCAGGCAGCUUUUCUUCAGGAGGCAUCCGAGCUCAUCAAGACGAUGAGAUUGGCCGCGUUACGAGGUGAAACGGAUGGCUGGGGAUUGCUGGAUGGUGGAGCUACGGCCUGCCUCAGAAAGGCAAAGUCCAAUCGGGAGUUCCAACGUGCUGCCCCGAUUACAGUGGCCCUGGCUACCGGCUCAACACAGCUCCGGAUUAACGAUGCUGGCACGCUGUUGACCAACGAUCCCUCCACGAGCCCCAUAGUGGCCAUGCACGAGUUGAUCCAGCUGGGUACAGGAGUGACCUGGGAUCAAGGGGGCAUCUGCAUCAAGGUCCCAAAGUUUGGCCAGCUUCCAGUACGAUUGGCUACAGGAUGCCCAGAAGUUCCCGAAGCACUGGCCUUGAAGCUCAUUGAAGAUAUUGAGCAGAAGAAGCGGGACAAGAUGGCCUUCGUGAAGGAGCUGCGAGUCCAGAAGGAAGAUGGAGGUGGCCUGGAGCAGGAAGGGACUAUGGUGUUUGAGGAUCCCAUAGCCAUGAAGCGCUGGUUGCAAGAUCAGUUUUUGCAUCUGCCUGAGGGGGUCAUCGAUGCCCUAACUGUUCCUGCCUAUGCCAAAGGAAAUGACUGCUUGCCUUGGAGCCGGAGGACAAGGAAGGCCAUGAUGGCUUCGAAGUUCAUCGUACUGAACCUGUUUGCUGGCAAAACCCGGGGCUUCUUUCAGCACUAUCUGGAUGGCAAGGGUAUGGAUGGGUGUUACGUUAUCGACGUGGACCUGCCGGAAAACCUACUGUGCGACCAAAUGUAUGGUUUUUUGUUGGAGUUGGCCCGAAGUGGCCAUGUCAAAAUGGUGAUGGGCGGACCUCCAGACAAGACGUUUGAGGCACCCAAGCAAUGGAGGGGGAAUGAUCCUCAAGACCGACUUGGCAGAUCUGAGCUCGGUCCUCGCGACCUGCGGGCUGUGGAAAAGGAGAAUGUCCUGAUCCUGAGGCAGUUGGUGCUGUACAUGGUCGCAGAGGAAGCAAGGAGGCUUCACCACAACAGCCAGGCGGUGGGUCUGGUGUUGGAACACAAGGCGCCAAACAAUGGGGAAAACACCGAAGCUUCGAAACCGGAAAUCUGGAAUUGGCCAGAAGUACAACAUUGUCAAGUGAAAUACAAGUUGGAAAAGCUGGAAGUCGACUUUGGCGAUUUGGGUCACCGGACCACGAAACAGCAAGGACUGCUGGUAUCGCACAAGUUGUACUUCGAUGAGGUUUCAAUGGUGAACUGCAAGGACUGUGGUUCGGGGGAGGAAGGAAUGGAUCCUCAAGAAAUGACCAAAGGGCAUGAGUGGCCUGAUGGUUUGAAGUGGGCAGUUCUACAAUUGCUGCUGCGCUUGGUCCCGGGGGGGCUAUCAAUCCAUCGUCUGGAUACAAAGUUCCGACAACAUGUUGCCCAAGGCCAUAUUCCCUUUCGUCGUGAUUGCCUACACUGCCUAGCAGGUGGAGCCAAAGACGGCCAACAUCGGAGACUGCCUAUCAGUGAAGCCUACACGAUUAGCGCCGAUCUGAGUGGUCCCUACACGGUGGGCUUGGACGAGUAUGGUCGGGUAAAGUACAUGUGCACGAUGGUUUACACCAUUCCGGUCUUUGCAGAUCUGGAGCCGGAACCAAUGGUGGAAAUUCCUGAAGGAGGUGGUCAAGCUGAAAAGACCAGGUCUUCAGAGGCAGUCAAUGAGGCCGCACCAUUACUGGACGAUGAAGAGUUGGUGGGUGUAGACACCACAUCGCUGUUGGGCGAGGACACACCGGAUUAUGAGCCGGACUUGGAUGAUGAGCGGUGUUCCCAACUGGAUGAGCCACUACCACCUCAGGCAAAGGAUGAGGAAGCCGUCGUCCUAAGGGAUUAUGGGCUGGACUGCGAGGAGGACUGGAAUGAUGAGGUGGAUCCUGGUGAAUGGGAGUGCAACGAGGAGGUCCUGGAGGAGGAAUUGCCCAAGGAGAACCUCACGGACUUUCAGAAGCGCCUCGUUCAGGAACAAGCUGAAGCCUGGAAACAAUAUCUGGUCAAGGCCCGCGAACAGGCGGACUCGGUGGCUCCUCAAGACUUGAAGUUGCACAAGCUACAGAUGGUGGAGCUCACUUUCGCUGAGAGCCUACGAGACAAGACCCCAGCAUCUGUGGUUGGAGCCAUAGGUCGCGUCUACAGCAAGCUGAAAAUGUGGGGAAUGCAUGUGGCCAGGUUUCAUACUGACAAAGGAGGCGAGUUUCUCAAUGCCCCCGUCUGUCGUUGGCUUCAGGAUAGAGGAAUCUAUCAAACCUGUGGACAGGGCGGAUCCUACAAGCAAAAUGGCCGGGCAGAAGCUGCAGUUGGUAUUUGCAAGAGGGCCACCCGAACGUUGCUGCAUGGCGAAACGUCGGCCAAGCGACUUUGGCCGGGCGCCUGGAGAUGGGUGGCUGAACGACGCCUUCGCAGGGCCUUAGCUCGACUGGGCAUGCCUGUCAAGCCUUUGGUUCCAUUUGGGACGGUGGUGUGGAUCCGCAAAAGACACUGGCAUAAGGCUGAACAAUGGGAUGAUCGUGUCCACAAAGGCGUGGUGAUUGCCCCAGCACAACAUGUUUCCAGGGGCUAUGUGGUGAAAGUGGGAAAUGACUUCUUCACGACAACCACGCUGUUUCAAAAUGUGCAAAUGGCGGAUACUGGUGCAAUUUCAGCCAUGGAUGAGGUGGAAGUGGAUGCUGUGCCUCCCCGACAGCGAGCUCGCGGCAAACAGGGAUUGGCCUCAUUAUCGGUAGCACCAGCAGCACUGUCCUGUCCAGGGCAUGACAGGGAGCAAACUGGACACAAUCUGGUACAAGCUUGGCAAAAGGCGGACUCCUGGAUCUCUGGACCCUUGCAAGAAACAAUCGAGUGGCUGCAGGAUUCCUUGAGCGGGACAAAGUUACGCAGCGACCGCCAAACCUCUGAAGGCCUCUACAUCACCAAUGGGGUUUACAGGCGAGGGGGAGUCAUUGGGAUCACAAAUACCACAACCCAACAACCUGAUCGGCUGCGAACUCAGGUCUUGAAUGCCAUCCUUGCGGCGGCUUUCCCAACUGACACCUGGACCUCGUCUACCCUUUCGGUGAACAAUUGGCUGGGGCCGCAUCGUGAUAUCUUCAAUCAGCGUGGGACGAAUAAUCUGCUGGUAUGCCUUUCACCCUCCAUUUCUAUCUGGACUGAAGUGGAACCACCAUUCACUGGCCUGGGCUCGGAAGAGUUGGUCUGGAAGGAGGUUCGCCCAGGCCUCUGGAAGCCGGGCCAGAUUCAUCGCCUUCGUUGCGGGGACUCGAUGAGAUUGGAUCCGCGCAAGUGGCACGCUUCGGAAGAUGGUGAAGAAAAGGGCCCUCGAGUGCUGGCGGUGGCUUUCUCCUUGGCAGUGCACGCCAGGCCAAGGGUCGCCAAACUUCGCCUGCGACAGAGAGAGGAAGGAGAAGCCGAUGGGCCUGCGAGGCAAGUGGAGCAUACACAGAUUCAGUACACUGUGUUGGAUGCUGCAACUGCGGAUCGGUUGUUUCAGGAGAGAUGGACCCAUGAGCAGGCCAAUGCUCACGACCUGGAUCAACAUCCCUUGCAGCGCUUUGUGGACGAUUGGGAAGGUGAAUGGUCCCCAGUGCUCCCACCGGAUGGCAUCCUCCCUACGACGGAAACUGUCGACCAGGCGGCCUCAGCAGCCUACGAGUAUCGCUCCAGGUGGGCAGGUUUGCUACCAGAUCCGGAGAUCGACCCCAAUCAAGUUCUGAGGGACCCAAGUAUCCGAUUGGACCGGGUCAAUCCGCCUGAGGAGGGAAUGCAGAUCGAUCCUGUAAUUCAGAGGCAUUUGGUUGAUGAGAAUGAUCCAGAAUCAAGGAGGCGGGCGUUAACAGAUGAUCGGCCGGAUCUCACCAUGGCGACGAUUAUCAACUACCGCUACAUGUAUGACGAUGAAAAUCAGCUGGAAAUUCAUCAGUUUGCCAUGAUGGUAAAUCAUACCGUGGGCUACGAGGAGGUACCCCACUGGCAACCCCUCGACAUCGUCAUUCGGUCCGAGGUCCUCUACGAGCUGCAAGAACCUCAGCAAGCAGAAGAAAACGAGGAGGAGCCUCCAGAAGAUGAUGAAGAUGUGGAUCAAGGAGACGAUGAAGAUGAUGAUCCACCGGGAGAUGGUCCAGAUGGCCCAGGUGGAGGUGGACGAGGCCGGUCGAGAACGCCGGAAAUCCGGUACGAGGACUAUAGAAAUGUUCGGCCUCGCUAUCAACUUCGUCUAGAACACAGUGAUGCCCUGAAAAUGCUGGAUGCUGCAGAAAGUUUUUUGGUUCCGGAGGAGGCGGGAAUGUUGUAUCAAAGCAAAAACAGCCUUGGAACCGGGGGAGCAGCGACUGGCGUCGUGGGACAUGUUGUGGCCUCCGAGAUACCCAUUGGUUUUGAAGCUGAUGAGCAGAGCGACCUGCUGGAUGGCAUGCAGCUGGGAUUGAAAAGGUUAGGGCUACACGAACAACAAAAGCUGCAGCAAGACCUUUGGGAUCAAUCCAGCUUGGACGAGGAGCCGGACACUUGGACCUUGAAGGAUCAAGUCACGCAGGUACGGGCCAUACACGAGCAAGCGGACCAGGUGGAAGAUGAUCUUCGACUGUUGAAAAGCAUGUCUGUGGAAACAAAUGUUGGAGGUACGGGCGCGCCUACUGAUGUGUUUCCGGAGGUGUUCUUGCAAACGAAGACAAUUCAGCAAGCCCAGGUACUGCAAGAGCUGCCAGCGUGGACACCAGCGAUGAGUGCUGAGUAUAACACGAUUCGCCAUGAGAAGGCUGCCAUAGAGCCAAUCACCGAGCAGCAAAUCCGGGUCAUGGAGGAGGACGACAGCCUGAUCGUGAAGAGGAUUCCGGCAAAAAUGGUGUUCACAAGAAAGGCGGCCAGUGGACAACGCAAAGCGAGGGCAUGCGCUUGUGGGAACUUUCUCCAGGCCGAGGAAAGCAGCAAAACAAAGCAGGAGCUCCGGGAGGAGGUAUAUGCGGCUGGUAUCGACAUUACUGUGCUGCGUACCAUGCUUGCUGUGGGAGCUCGUCGUGGCUGGAAGGCUGGAACGACGGACAUCAAGGGGGCCUUCCUGAAUGCCCCGCUGCUUCAGCGGACCAAAACCAAAACAGAACGCAUCAUUUUGGACCCGCCGAAAAUCCUGUCCCGAGCUGGGAUUAUCCCUCCGUAUGAAAAGUGGUUGGUGACCCGUGCAUUAUACGGAUUGGACAUUUCGCCUAAGAGCUGGGCAGUGUUUCGAAAUCAACAACUUAAUGGCCGGAGAUUUCAGAGUGGAGGGGCGUGGUACACCUGGCAGGCUUGUCGCACAGAUCAAAAUUUGUGGAGAAUUUUAUCCGAGGAUGGAAGAUUGUGCGGCCUGGUUUCCAUCUAUGUCGAUGACAUUUUGGGAGUCAUGGAAGAUGGUGUACUACAAUCGUGCUUCAGCGAUCUGUCGCAGCUCUGGGCAUGCUCUACACCAGAGUACGUGGCCCAAGGAUCGGUUCGUUUUUGCGGAUUCGAUAUAUCGGAAGGAUCUGAUGAUCGUCGUGGAUUUUUGCUCCGGCAGGAAGCGUAUAUCGACGAAACUCUUGGAACGAUUCGAGAGCGAGCAUCAAGGCAGCCUACGAACUUCCAAGGUUCCUGCAUUGAGGUAUGA